UUCAACUUCAACCGUGACCUCAAAAGGACUCGAGUCAUACCCCUAUCGUCCUCGCUUACCUCCCUCUUGACAACCACCAUGCCUACGACAGUAGAUGUCACCCCUUUCCUCUCUGAACGUUCCAAGCGGUGGAAGCCUAGCGGAAUACGCGGACUCUUCCCGCUUGAAAAGCGGCCUGGAAUGAUUUCCUUGCUUGCUGGCAAGCCUUCCCCCGAAACAUUCCCCUUCGAGGCAAUCACCUUGAAGGUCAAGCCCGUCGGAAACGAACCGCCCCUCGAGCUCAUACUCGACGGAAAAGACCUCGAGGAAGCCCUACAGUAUGGCGCAACCUCCGGGCUGCCGCGCCUCGUGAAGUGGUUAGAAGACUUCCAAUGCAGGGUGCACGGUCGCUCCAUGGACGAGGGCUGGAGAGUGUCCAUCGGCUCUGGCAGCCAGGACCUUAUGCACAAGACGUUCCAAAAUCUCAUCAACGAAGGCGACAACAUGCUAGUGGAGACGCCUGUAUACGCGGGAACCCUUGGCAUCCUGAACGUCGAGCCUUGCACUCUAAUUGAGUGCCCGACGGAUACACAAGGUCUUAACCCUGAGGCGCUUGAGAAAAUUCUGUCGAACUGGGAGACCGAGCGCCCGGGCCAAAGGUUCCCGAGGCUGCUUUACACCAUUCCCACUGGCAGCAACCCGACUGGCGCCUCGAUUCCCCAAUCGCGCAAGGUCGAAGUGCUGAAGCUCGCCAAGAAGUACAACUUCCUUAUUCUCGAGGAUGAUGCAUACGCAUUCGUUCAUUACGGCGAGAAGGGUAGCAAGGCGAAGAGUUACUUCGCCUUGGAAAAGGAGGUGAAUGAUGAGGUCGGGCGGGUCGUUCGCUUCGACUCCUUUAGCAAGGUAUUGAGCAGCGGCAUGCGCAUCGGCUUCCUCUCCGCUGCAAAGGAGAUCUGCGACAAAGUCGACCUCAUCACCUCGAACACCAACCUCCAAACCGCUUCCACCACCCAAGCCAUGGUCUACAAGCUCCUCGAGCAUUGGGGCCAGGACGGCUUCAUCGCCCACGUCGGCCGCGUCGCCGAGUACUACCGCGAUAAGCGCGACCUCUUCGAGGCCGCUGCGAAGAAGUACCUAACCGGCGUGGCGAGGUGGAAUAGCCCGGUCGCGGGGAUGUUCGUGUACAUUGAGCUCCUUUACGAACGCGACAUCGACUCCUACGCCGUCAUCCUCGAGAAGGCGGUCGAACGCGGCUUCCUCGCCGUACCUGGCAUCUCUUUUAUGCCCGCAGGAGGACCGACAAACCACGUCCGAAUUAGCUUCAGCUUGACCAACGGACCGGAGGCGGAGGAGGCGUGCAAGCGGUUGCGCGAUACGAUCCUGGAGGUCCGGGGCGACAAGCCUGCCGCCUGAUCCGAGCCUGCCAUAGAUCUACCACCAAAAUCGACCUUAUACUACCACACAUAUUCUCGGAAAACAUAGCUAAUCCUGCUUGGAUGACAUGUACUAGUCUUACCGCUCGUCGCCGAAGUCAAACGAUACAGUGAAUACGAACCGUGACAUCACAC